AUGUUUUGUAGCCAUUGUGGCAUUGGGGAUGCUCAAGAGAGUAUCUGCGAUAAUUGUGUGGCAGAAAAAGAUGUAAACGAAGUGAUAAAGCGCUAUUUUCAUCGUGGCUAUCCUUAUGACGCUAUUGUGGGUCUUCUCAAGAAACGAGAAGGACUUCAAAUGUGUGUGCGAACACUGAAGAGACGUCUGAGAUGUCUCGGGUUAAAAAGGAAGGGCAAUGCAAGGAUAAUGGACGAUUCAGAGAUAAGAAAUGUCAUUCGUGAAGAAAUGGAAGGCCCCGGAAGUUUAUCAGGUUACAGAAGUAUUUGGCACGCCCUGCGAUUGCGGCACCAUGUUCAUGUUCCACGUAAUUUGGUCGCAAAAAUAAUGAAGGAAAUUGAUCCUGAUGGGGUAGAGGAGAGGAGAUCUCGAAGGUUAAAGAGAAGAACGUUCAGCUCAAAAGGAGCCAAUGCAUCGUGGCAUUUUGACGGUAUUUGUUUUUUACUUCGUAAAUCAUAGUGGCGUAUUGUAAAUGUACAUGUAGGAAUGUAAAAUCUUGCAUCUAGCCUCAUGCCCUUUCCACUUCAAGAUUAGUUGGUUAGACGACUUAUCUACUUAGAUUUCUAAUUUACAAAUUUUAUCUUUUUUAGGAUAUGACAAACUCAUGCAAACCUUGUAAACCUGGUUUCCCUAUUCAUGGUGCAGUGGAUGGCUUCAGUAGAAGAAUUUUAUGGUUAGAAGUAACCCGGUCUAACAAUGACCCUAAAGUAGUUGCAGCCUUCUACUUAAAACAAGUAAAGGAACUAGGUGGUUGCCCUUUGCUCCUGGUGACUGAUUGUGGCUCAGAAAACGGUAUUGCAGCUUUUAUUCAGUGCAUGUUUCGUACCAAUGAUCAAGAUGAACUGGCAGGUGUGAAGUCUCAUAGGUACUGCUCAUCACCUGCAAAUCAACGAAUUGAAGGGUGGUAG